AUGAAGGUUUUUGGUAUUGCUUUAUAUACAGCAGCCCUCUUGGCAACAAUUCAGGCGUUUCCAGGUUAUCAUCAUCAUGGGAACAAGCAUCAUGGGCAUGGACACAAGGAGGAGGUGCAUUAUGAAGUGAUCAAUCCAGAUGCGGUUAAACCAGAACCUCCUGUUGACCCAACAACCACCACUCAAGGAAUAGGUCCCCCAGAAGAUCUUACUUUAACGGAUGAGACAGAUGUUUGCGUUACCACCACCACUACCGCACCUACCCACACCGUUACUACCACUAAGACUGUCACUGACAAGACGACUAUUACACAUUCCGCCACUGUAACCAACACCGUAUCGCACUGCACGGCGACUAGUCGUACCACUACAACCGUCACUACACCUACAACGACUACCGCCACCUCCACUAUCACUACCUCUACGACGACGACCGUUCCAACUACCACCACCGCUACUACCACAUCCGUUACGACAACGACCAUUCCAUUGACCACAACCACUGUGAAGACUACGACCACAGCAACUUCCACUACCACUAAGGAUGUGUUCGUGACGGUCUAUAGAACUAAAACGAUCACUGACGAGGAAACUACAACCACAACCAAUUAUGUCACUGAAGAGGAAACUCAAACUGUGUUUGCAAUUCCCCAAGAAAAGAAGUACAACAAGCAUAAGGGUUAUGACAAGAAGGGAGACUAUGGCAAGAAAGGCCAUGGCAAGAAGGGAAGCUAUGGUGACAAGUGGUAG